UCCCUCCAAACACACACACAAUGCAUCAUGGGUAAGACUUUUGGAGCAUGCGCUUUGUCCUGUCCGCUGAUAGUCGCGGGCACAAAAAACAUUCUUCUAUAGAUAAUUUAUUAGAGAAAUUUAAUUGAUAAUUAAAAAAAAAUCAAUAUUUGUUCUUUAAAAAAGGGUAAAAGUCUUCUCCUUGUCAACAAACAACGCGACAUGUUCUUUUUUUUCAAAGCAUGUCCACAGGGAUCCCGUUUUUGUGAAUUUUAUGUUACUCGUUGAAAGCUCUGCAAGUACCAUUAAUCAUCCAUCGAGAAAGUUGAUUUUACUCAGUUCAGGAUAUCUAAAAGAAUAUUCUAUGGAUUCUCAAUCAAGCUGUCUCAGUUUUUUCACGACAAAUCAUCGUCGUCAUCAUACAAAAUGGGUUUUCGCGGGAAGUGGACAUUUUCCACAAGUUUGCCUCGCCUGUCUCACAGAAACUAUCGAAGACAAGCAAGCUUUGAACACCAGAAAGAAGAAAUCCCUCGCAGAAAUACUUCGCUUACUAUCAAGGGAGGCUUCAGCAGUGCAAAUACUCCGCGAAAAUAUCAGAGUUGCUUCACAUUUGAGUGAAAUUUUAUUCAGCUUGGUGCAAAGCGAGAACGAAGGACUAGCUCAACUAGCUAUCGAGACGACCGCGCAGCUGACACACAAGAUGCAAGUCGAAGAAACAGCUAGAGGAAUCUUAGUAAAAAUUGAACAGAGUGUUGAAAACUCAAAGAACACGAAAACAUCAUAUCCCUUGCUUUUAUUGCUUGGCAAGUUACUAGAGCUUAUACCGCCUCUAAGUGGUGAAAUAGUUGAGAGGGAAAAACUAUGGCAUUACUGUCUUCAAAAUGGUUCCUUCCCGGUAGAGGACGUCAGGACUGCUUUGCUGUAUAUUUAUCUCGGGAUUUGCAAGCAGGGUGAAAUAUUUGCAAGUAUUAGAGCUUGUGAUAGAGAACUUAUGCUUGUAAAUACUUGUGAGGUUCUCAGAGAUUCUAAAGCCCUUCAUCAACAGAUUAAUGCAUUAGCUGUGCUAAGGUUUUAUUGUACCGAGAAAUCAACACUUUUGUCAAUAACAGAUUCUAAUCACCCAAGUUUAUUAUCUGAGGCUCUCAAGAAGGUGAUUUUGCACAGCAACGAAGGCAUACAAGUAGGAGGCAUCCAAUGCCUUCAAACUAUUCUUGCAACACACUCCAGCAAAGAAUUACUGCUUUCCUCCUUCCUUGCAAAUGGAUUAGUAGAGUUUUUAUUUGAAGCUCUUGACAGUAAAAGUGAUACAGUGAUAGGAUCAGUUUUUUGUUGUUUAUCCGAGCUAUGUCAAUCUCAAGCUUUCUAUGAGAGUAACUACUCGGUGUAUGGUCUAACCUCUCUUAUUCAUGCACUGAAUAAAUCAAUACAAUUGAAGAACCCAGAAACCAUCAGACAAGGUCUCCAUGUAUUGGGUCUCAUUGUCACCAAGCAGCCAGGGAGUGUCCCUCUGUUCACCAAUGGCACUAUAUUUGAGCAGUGCCUUGUUGUGGUGGAAGAGAGUUUCAAGGCCAUGGAGUAUAAGGUCCUCCAUGAGGCAGCCCAUCUCUUAAAGACCCUUCUACGGAUUGAACAUGUCCCUCAGUCUGUCCCAUUAUCAAGGGUGACAUGCUUACUGCUGGCUGUUGCUUCAGUGCUAAAGAGAUUCUCAGCAAAGUCAAUAGCCUUUUUCAAAAGCAUGAAAUCAGACCUUGCACAAGAUCUCCUGUGCGUUUUGUUGAAGGCGCUAAGGCGAGGCCUAAACUUUGCCGAAGAGCACAGUGCUCGUGGACCAUCACGAGAGGAGGCCCUCCUUGCUGCUAUAUCCACACCUAGCUCCUCCAAAGAAGACAAGGAAGCUUCGUCACACGAACUAAAGGUUCUCCUGUCCCGAGUAAUCGACGAGGUCGUCAUCCCCGCGGUCAUGGUCAACUUUGAGGUCGUCACCAGCCCCGACGUCUUCAAAACCUUUUUCAAGAUACUCACCAAUGUUCUCUCUGACAAACAUUCUGUGAUGCAGCGUUUCGCUCAAAAGCUUGCCGAUGCGUCUUUCGUGAGGCUUUGUAUGUCAUUGAAUGGGCGCUUCUGCCGUGGAAACAGCAAUGCGGAUCUUUUCAAAGUCCUGGUGAUGUUCCUGAAGUAUUUCACCAGAAGUCUUAGCGAGGAUAGCAACGAGGCCACCUCGGAUCUGUUUUAUGAAAGGCUAAGCACACUCCCUAGCUGCGGGGAUGAAGUCGUAAUCUACCUAUCUCAAUGCUCUUCAUCCCAAGAUGCAAGCACGAUAGCCGAUAAGAAUCUGAUGACUGUACAGUGUGUUUGUAUUGAUCUUUUAAAGCUGUCGCUGCUCCACGGGGAUCCCUUACUCCCAGAGAAAGCUAUGCUCUCAGCAUUAGAUACUUUUAUCACGUUGCACCGCAACCUCAGUUUACUGCCGCGCCCAAUAUUGAAAAAUCUUCUAUGGCUGUUUGCGCGUUGUUCGUUUUUGCAUAAAGCUCGCCCAUCUCUCACCACGUCAGAAACAAUUCUGGAGUCUUAUGUACUUGCCCUCAAAAAGGACGAGUUCCUAAAUAUUUACUCCCAUGAUGAGUUUUUUCUCAAGUGGGUCUUCAGCAUCGAUAACUUAGGAAAAGCAUUCGGGCAGUGCGCAUUAGAGCUGUGGAUCGCAAGAGAAGUUUCCAGUCAGACAAAAAUUGAGAUCGAUUGGGGUUUCAUGAGAAGUAGUAGGGUAGCAUUCACGUGUUUGCUUGCCGUUCUAUUUUCAAGUGACUCCGAGACGUCCUGUAUGAUAGUGCACAUCGUGCACCUCGCGCUUCGCCAUGGUUCUGAUCUUCCUGGCGCAUAUGUAUCUGAGAUGAACGAGUGUUUCCGCAAGUUGUUUUUAUCCUAUCAUGGGCAGUCCAUGCCGGAUCAUCUUCUGGUAGCCACACUCGAGAUCCUGUCGCUGACCUCAACUGGGAUUAACCCAGAUGUGAAGCUUCUUCACCACGUGAUGAAUAUAGUGACCGACAAGAGGGAGAAACCACCGGAAAUCUCCUUGAAAGGGGUGAACUAUUUCAACCUUCUGCUACUCCAGACUGUUGGCGAUACUGAAGUCGCAGCUAUCCUCUUGAACAGUAAACGACUGAUGGAAUGGCUACAGCAAGGCCUGACCUGCCUCACGUCACUCAACAUCACCAGCUGCAGCCAUUCACAGAUCAAGCUAAUGGCCACGUUGAUCCUAUUGGUUAAAAACCUUGUGACGUCACAAUGCCUUUCAAAGAUAACGACCAAUCAGCGUCUGACUCUUAAUAAGGAGAAUUUUAUAGAAAUGAUAAACACUGGGAAGAGUUUUCUAUUGAAAGUUGCUUGCAUUUUGUUGUGGGAAUCGCUGUUUCGGGCGCAGGAGAAGGUCACAUGUGUAGCUUUUGGAGAGGAUGAUGGCGAACCGAUGGCGUGCCAACCUAUCAUAUCAUUCUCUGACCAGGACCGACGGCUCAUUUUUGUCUACCUACAAAAUGGAAUCGCGCACGAGAGCGAGGCCGUCCAACUAGCAGCCGUCAGCUGCAUGGAGGCGAUGACGUCACGCGUCAGUAACCCUACACCAUUCGUCAACAACCAAUGGAAUGGCUUGCUUUUAGACUCUCUGCUAUUUAAGGUAAAGACUGAAAAGUUGACAGCCACAUUUCUAAGGUUCUGUGCAUAUCUCCUACACGUCGGUGAUGAGAACACUUUCCGUAAUAAAACAUUACAGUUCGCUGUGGCCUUGAUAGUGCGAGAAAUCCCUUGUGUUACCUCAUCAGAUCCCUAUUUCGCACCUUGUGUCGCACUCAUUCGGGAUAUUUGCACCAAAGCUAUGCUUUCUGUUGCUCAAAUUCCUCCACUGUUGACAUGGCUACAGUGCGUUAAACCUUUGGCGUCUGUAAGCAAGCCGGAGAUCGUUAGGCUUGAGAAUGUGGUCCUGGAGCUUUCCAAGUCGUGCGUUUUGGAGGAUGGGUUACUUGAUCAAGUGAUUGACACCCUUGCUGCAAACCUCACUCAAAGUAACAUUGAACAGUAAUCGAUUUACACGGAUUUUCUUAGCCUCCUCCACAGGUAUCUCUCUCACGGAAAGAAAAAGCGUUUUUUUUAAUGCGGGGUUCCUGUGGCGAAUAGAGGAGGAAAAUGAAGCAGGAGGUACCAGUCUCCUGCGUCCUAAAAUCACAGACACAGGUAUCCCGAAACAGAAUAAAGGCCAUUAAAGAGUAGAUUUGUUUGCGGAGGAGGCUAGGAGUUUGGGCUGAUUAGGGGCGGUUAAGACGGCCUUAAAGUGGGACGGGAAAGCUUGACACAAAAUUCGAUGACAUUUGUAAGGUUUGGAACUUUUAUUGGAACAUCAAUUUUGUUGUUGAA